GCACUGUCGUAAAACACAUAACGUCAAAUUCUCCUGCUUGUCGGAUACGGUUAUUUUAUUUAUAAUGUCAAAACUCGUUUAAACAGUGUUUUUUUCCUUUGCGAAGUUGAGUUGGACUUGUGUUAAGUUUUAAAUAUACCGUAUACUUUAAGCUUCUGUUUUAAUGUAUUUCAAUACCAGACGCCGAUAAUGACGUAAACAGACAGACAGACUCAUGGUUUUAAUGAUUUAAUGGUUGAAUUUAAUUUUAAGCGCACAUUUUAACUUUAUUAGUUUGAUGUCUAAGAUAGGAUAAACGGGUUCUGCAAGUCGUUUUGUUUAGCGCAGGUCAGUGUUGAAGUUUAUAUGCAGCUGCCAGGGUUAGUUUAUUGAGCUUGCAGAUCGUGUGUCCUCUAACAGCGAUCUGCUGAUCAUUUCUCCGGUUCAGCGGGAUGGCUGACGGGGACGACGACGUGCCUCUGAUUUUGACCUGGGACGAUGCGAACAGCGGACUGCUGGAGGAGGAAGAGAAUGGGGUAGGAAAUUAUGAUACUGUAAAUAAUGUCGUCAUUCCAGCCUCAGGAGCAACCGAACCCAGGGCCCAGAAUUCACUGCAGCACAGCUGGGAAAUGAACUACCAGGAAGCAGCAAUAUACCUACAGGAGGGAGAGAAUAAUGACAAGUUUUUCACUCAUCCGCGGAGUGCCCACGCGCUCAGCGCCUACCUGUUCGCUCAUAAUCAUCUGUUCUACAUGAUGGAGUUGCUGACUGCAGUGUUGCUCAUGCUCCUGUCCCUCUCUGAAGCUCCUGCAGUCCCCUCUCUCCGCCUGGACGUUUAUGUUCAUGCUACUCUGGAGUUGCUGGCAUUGGUGAUGGUGGCGUUUGAGUUGUGUAUGAAGCUCCGGUGGCUUGGCUUUCACACAUUCAUACGACAUAAGAGGACCAUGGUGAAGGCGUGUGUCCUGUUUAUUCAGUUCAUCGAGGCGAUUGUAGUCUUAGUUCGGCAGACGUCCCACCUGCGUGUGACGAGAGCCCUGCGACCCAUCUUUCUGGUGGACUGUCGUUACAGUGGAGCUGUUCGCAGAAACCUGCGGCAGAUAUUUCAGUCUCUUCCACCCUUCAUUGAAAUUCUACUGUUGCUGCUUUUCUUCAUGGUCAUCUUUGCCAUUCUGGGUUUCUGUCUGUUCUCCCGCAACGCUGUCGACCCUUAUUUCAACACAUUGGAGAACAGCAUUGUGAGUUUGUUUGUCCUUCUGACAACUGCAAACUUUCCAGAUGUAAUGAUGCCGGCAUAUUCAAAGAAUCGUUGGUCAUGCAUUUUCUUCAUUGUGUAUUUGUCCAUCGAGCUCUACUUCAUCAUGAACCUGCUCUUGGCGGUAGUUUUUGACACCUUUAAUGGAGUUGAGAAGAUGAAGUUUAAAUCUUUGCUUCUACACAAGCGGUCUGCCAUCGAGCAUGCCUUCCAGCUGCUGGUCAGUCGACAGAGGCCAGAUGGCGUGUCUCUGAAGCAGUUUGACGGACUCAUGCGAUUCUAUCGGCCUCGAAUGAACGCACGGGAUUGUUUCCUCACCUUUAAGUCCCUGAACCAAUCAGGCGCAACUAUGUUGAGCCUCCAGGAAUUUUAUAGGUUUUAUGAGGUGAUUGGGCUCAAGUGGAAGGCUCGACGGAGUGGGGAGCACUGGUUUGAUGAUCUACCUCAUACUGUGUUUCUUAUCUUUAAAGGAAUUAAUUUACUUGUGAAGUCCAAAGCCUUCCAAUAUGCAAUGUAUCUGGUAGUAGCGAUUAAUGGCAUUUGGAUCCUGGUGGAGACAAACAUGUUAAAUGAUGGGGUCUCGUGGACUCGUGUUGUCCCUUGGAGUUACAUUGUUUUCCUCACAAUUUAUGGCAUCGAGGUCUUUUUGAAGAUUACGGGUCUUGGUCCUAUGCUAUAUUUCAGUUCAGGAUGGAACCUCUUUGAUUUCUCAGUAACAGUCUUUGCCUUUCUGGGAUUGAUUGCUCUGGCCUUUGACAUGGAGCCGUUUUACUUCAUUGUGGUGUUGAGACCUUUUCAGCUUCUCCGGUUGUUUAAAAUUAAGCAGCGUUAUCGGAACGUACUGGACACAAUGUUUGAACUGUUCCCACGUAUGGCCAGUCUAGGUUUGACUCUGAUUAUCUUCUAUUAUUCCUUCGCCAUCGUUGGAAUGGAGUUUUUCGCCGAUGUUGUUUAUCCAAACUGCUGCAACACUAGCACUGUUGCUAAUGCAUAUCGUCAGAUUAAUGAAACCAUUGGCAACCGGACUGUGCUGCAGGAGGGAUAUUACUAUCUCAACAACUUCAAUAACAUCCUGAGCAGCUUUGUCACUUUAUUUGAGCUAACAGUGGUGAACAACUGGUACAUCACUAUGGAAGGCAUCACAUCCCAAACCACCCAUUGGAGUCGCCUGUAUUUCAUGACUUUUUACAUUGUCACCAUGGUUGUCAUGACUAUAAUUGUUGCCUUCAUUCUGGAUGCGUUUGUCUUCAGAAUGAACUACAGUCGGCAGAACAGAGAGCCACUGGGAGACCCAGAAGAUGAAAAGGGGAUUGUAUUUGAGACAGAGGUAUCUCAAACCGAAGCUCUUCAGACUCUGGACUUGUACAAACACACACUGCGCAACACAAAUCUAAGCUCACUUCAGGGGAUGUGUGCGGCUCUGGAGCGGUGCGGGCAGUCUUCAUUAGUGUUUCUGGGUCGAAGGUCACGUACCAAGAGCGACCUCAGUAUGAAGAUGUAUGAGGAAGAGAUUCUGGAAUGGUACGAGGAAUAUUCCACAACAAACCUUCAACCUGAUGAGACAUUCCACAGAAGUCUGAACAGCCCUGAGGCCAAUGCAACAGACAGCAUUAAUUAACUCGCACACACUUACACAAACUCUGAACAAUGCUACAGCAUCGACUAACACACUCACUUGUACCUCUGAGGGACCUUGGGAUUGUCUUCCUCAUGUUGAUGUAAAGCACAGGUGCACACCAUGACAACUCCUUUCUCCCUGCUUCCACUCGGAGACCCAUAGAACAUCGUCACUUAAAGCCUUAUUCCCCGCCUCCAAAAAUGGUUCCGUGGCCAAUCAGGGAAGCUUAAAGACCAAUCACGUGACAUGCACUAUGUCCAGGAACCUGCCCCUCCACGAAUGCACCUCAUGACAUUUGCUUUGUGCUGGAUGACCCUGUAUGAUUCUCUUAUGGAUUCGUAAAAUUGAAACCAGCGAUUGAAUGUAUCUCUGGGAGAUGAAGCAGAACUGAAUGUCAGGAUUUUCGCACCAAGUGCUCUGUUUCUCCAGAGUCAGAGGUAUUGCUUAACCAACAGAUAAACAAUAAUAAUAAACUAAUGCUGUUUUUAAACUAAAGCUUCUUUUUGCUGGGACCUAAAGAGAGGCUUAUUUUGCUCUUUAUAUGGAAAUGAAUGCACACCGAUUUUAUCAAGUAUUUAAGACACUGAUACAUCCACCGAUUUGUCAGUACAGGUGAGUUUUGAAAAACCAGCCCUCGGCCAUUCAGAUUAUUCAAACUAUAUAUUGUGUCUCACCCUUAUCAUGUAAUCCUUACCCACAACCUCUCUGCAUUUUGUGUGGGAUCCAAUUCAGAUCCAGUCACAAUCGUAGUGUUAAAGUAUACAGUUUUAUUAUUUUAAUUAAUUCCUCAUGCCAGAUUUCACUUUCAACAUUUUCUUUUCAAACAGUAGAGUGUGAAGAUGAGUUUAUUAUUUUAUUGUUUUACACACAGUGCUUCUAAACAAACAUGUUUAUUUAUAACAAGAAAAGCAAUAGAUUUACAUAUAUUUCGACCGUUAGCAGCAUUAUAUUAUUUUAUUUGAGUGCUUCGAUUUUAUUGUAAUGUCCUUAACGCUUUUAAAUGAAGUUGAAACCUCAUAAAUAAUUGUUUACUCUCAUCAUCUGACUUGGAGGGUCAUUUCUGCACAACUUGGUUGUUGGUUGUAUUUGCACUGUAAGAUGCACAGCUUAAAUGCUCAGAGUAUAAGGGAACAUGAUGUGUACACUAUAGAACAAAAUUGACACCAAACCACACCAGCUCCUCUUAUAAUGUAGGAUUUACCAGUGUUUCAGUUCUCUGUGUUUGUUAUUUUGUACAUGUACAGUGAUUACUAGUAAAUAAUACAUUUUAAUGAAAUGUCUUUUAAUGUUAUUUAUUAGUUGUUUGGAAUGUUUUAUAUGUAAUGUGGGUGGGUAUUUCACAUUCUGUUGCCUCCAGUUACCAGGGACGAACACGCAAAUGUACAGUAUAUGCGGUUUCAGCAGCAACAACAUUACCAAACGUUAUGUGGCCCAAACUUAACUUCCGGUAGACCUCCACAAAGAAUCAAUAACUGUUCAGUAGUUUUAAUGUAAUUUAAUACAAUGAAUAUACAAUAAAACAUUAAAUUAAAUAUAAAAUAAAUUGUUAAAGUCCCAGUGAAAUAAAAAAAAUACAAUGCCUAUUUCUUCAUGAAAUAUUGCAGUGUUUAUUGUAAAUAGUUUAUCAAUGUGGGUCAUUGUCUUUUUAAAAUCCGUGUGCCCUCAUAAUCUUUAGUUAAAAUCUGAAAAUGCACUUCCUUCUUGUAAUGACGAUCCAUCUUAAAUGACGUAUGUUAGACGGCUUGGGCGGAGCAUCUGUUAACUCCUCCCCUUCAUCUGUCAGUCUGCUCCCAGUUCCAUUUCAAAAAGCAACGGCUGUUUUUAUACAUCCAAUCAAAUCGCAGAGAAAGACGAAAGCCACGCCCAUUGUUUUUCUCAUGAGAAAUUCCAUUUCACUCGGAAAUGCGUCCAAAUACGGAAGUAAAAACGUUAGCAACUUCUGGUUCGGACUUGCACCCUUUAACCAAACACAGACCGGAAGUUAGCUUCGGGACAGGCGCUUGCGUCUGCAACCGGCGUCUAAAAAGUGUCCGCUCAGCAGCACUGAAGGGAGUUCUCCCUACUUCCCUAAAUGCUGCGGCAGUACCGAAAAAGCUUUUUUAUGAACAGCAGAUGAUGUAAGUUACAAAUGCACAUAUAUAAGAUAUAUUUUGACUGGCACUAACUUUCGUAACGUAUCUCCUACUCUUCAUUUUUAUUCAGUGUAGUUUGAGGAUGUUUGUGUUGCAGAACAGCAGGGGGUAGCACAGAGUCAAAGAGCAGGGAACUGAUUUUGCUGUGUCUGACAGAGGAUAUGGUAUGCGUGUAAGAUUAUUAUGUUUCAUUUUUAUCUAGAUGUGUCAUUUUAGCCUGGAUGUCAUUUUAAACCAUUUAGACAGUCGCUUUUCUUUUCCAGAUAUAGUAAUACGUGUUUUCUUUUCACCUGUGUUCAGACUGUUGUGAUAUCAGACAUUCAGUUGAAGGCAUCACACGUUAAAACAAAAAGUUAAUAAUGAAUGGUACAAAUACUGUACACAGUAAGUUUUUGUGAAGUUUAAUUGUUGGUGCAAUAUAUUCCUGGUUUCCUGGGUUGGGUGUCCUUAAAAG